AAAACAACCCUUUCCCCCGAACAGCUCUCUAUUCCGGCCCUCUGUGUGAGUGAUGGUUUGUUUCUGUAACUGAUAUGCCGGUAUUUACCCAAUCAAACUGCUAGUUUGACCACGUUGGCCCAACGCGUCCGAUAACGUUUUGUGAUAACGGCACAUUUUACAGCCCCAGAGCUGAACGUACCGCGGUAUAUAUACUACUACAGUCUGGUAAAGUCAACUCUCUGUCUGGUUCUGGUUCUGUCCCGGUCCCUGAGAUAUACAGGAAAAUAUCGGCACAAAGAACAGGAGAGAACUAGUGGUGCAAACGCUGCCAGGUUGGACGUAAUCAGAUGAUCUGCUUCUCGGAUGUUUAUUGGACAACAAGGGUACACACUUCUUGACCCUUAACCCGUGAAUAGCCUGGAAUCGGCGAGGCUGAAGGAGGGAUAAACUCACAGACUCCAGCCUCACUUGCCUGGUUCCGUGCCCCGCAGGCACACGGUCUCUAACGCUCCGUAGAACCGAGAACGUGUCGACUCAUAAAUUCUGCUGGCGUGGUGAUUGACAGUGGUCCGCCUACUUUCCAACCCUACCGGGCCACGUGAUUGGGUCCGCCGGGGGGGGUUGUUGUAGUUCUGGGCACUCGGCGUGCAGGAGUAAGUUCAGGCCUGUCGUACCGUACGAGCUACCGUCCUGUCCCGGGGAGUGCCGUGCGUCUGUCUGUCAGGCAACAGGUCGCGAUGGAAGAACUCAAACUCACGCCUACUGUCAACGGUGGAGCAGAGCUGGACAAUAACGGCAACAUGGGCGACUUUCUGGGUCCCGGGUCUGGCAACCCCUCAGGCACUGCCGCCAAACAGGAGAUGUGCGCCGGGUGUCAGAAGCCAAUCGCCGACCGUUUUCUUCUAAAAGUCGGGGACAACUGCUGGCACGAGAAGUGUCUGCAGUGUGCUGUGUGCGGGCAGCGGCUAGCCAGGUCCUGUUAUGUCAAGGAAAGAAAACUAUACUGCAAGUCAGAUUACGAAAAAUUAUUUGGGACCAAGUGUACCGGCUGUCUCCAGUCCAUUCCUUCUACAGAGUUUGUGAUGAGAGCCAUGGGCAACAUCUACCACCUCAGAUGUUUUCAAUGUGUGGUUUGUCAGCAGAGGUUACAGAAAGGCGACGAGUUCAUCAUGAAAAAUUCUCAGCUAUACUGCAAGCAUGAUUAUGAAAAGGAAGUUCAGCUGGCAGUGCCAAAAAUGAGUCCAGGUAGUAGUGAGGAAGAUGAAAAUACCACAGAAAAUCGGCCCCGUCCAAAGAGGCCACGUACAAUUCUGACAACACAACAGAGACGAGCCUUCAAGGCAUCGUUUGAAGUCUCCCCAAAACCAUGCAGAAAGGUAAGAAGUUUACAGUUCAAUGAAGAACAUGACUUUUCCUGUGCCACAGGUAGUAGUGAGGAAGACGAAAAUACCACAGAAAAUCGGCCCCGACCAAAGAGGCCACGUACAAUUCUGACAACACAACAGAGAAGAGAAUUCAAGGCAUUGUUUGAAGUCUCCCCAAAACCAUGCAGAAAGGUGAGAGAGACGCUGGCAGCUGAGACUGGGCUGAGUGUACGGGUGGUGCAGGUCUGGUUCCAGAAUCAAAGAGCCAAGAUGAAGAAACUUGCCCGCCGGAAUCAGGAGGCGUCACAAGGGGCCAACGGGGAGGGGAAAAGCAGGGUGCCCUCCAGACAACAGAGGAGGCGGAAAGAUGACGACGAGAGUUCCAAUUCUUCCAUGGAUGUUUUGUACACAGAUGACAUGAUGUCUAUGGGGGAGCCCCAGGGCCAGGGGCGGCCGGAGGGACACAUCAUGGAAAACUUCUCCCCCAUGCAGCCCAACCUACCUCACCUCAACAAUAUAGUGGACAGUCCCUACCCAGAGCAUCACAUCAGACCUCCUGUAUCCAUGGUACCUCAGAACAUGUACCCUACCCAGGGACUACCCCCAGACACAGCAGACGACAUGUUUCCUGAGAUGAUAGGGCAGGCCCCGCCCAACACAGUGGACAACAUAGACAAUUGCAUGGUGGGAAACGGACAUCAUCCAGCGUCGCACAUGCCUGGCAACAUGCCCCCCCACUCACAGCCAACACAGCUGGGCAACCCUAUAGACAAACUAUACUCCAUGCAGAACUCUUACUUCAACGCAUAGCAAAUGGCUAGGAGUAGGAACUACCCAACUGGACGAUGAUGUACAAUGUAUGAUACCGUGGACUAACACUGCUCCUUCCCUCCCUUCAAUGUCUUUAUAAAACCUGUACAUCCAAGAAAUGUGCAAUAUAGCAGUGUGAGGCAUGUGUGUGCAGUCCAGUCUUGAUGUUGUGGAUGAGAUCCUUGUGUAAUGUAGUCCAUAUUUGGUGGUAAGGCCACACCAAUUCAAUUUCUUGGUUAACGGAUUUUUCUAGAAAAUUAAUGGAGCGGG